UUUAAUAUAAGGUCACACCAAAAAAAAAAAACAUUUGCUAAACAAAAUAAGUAAAAAGUGAAUAUUUGUUAAUGUGCAUUAGAUUUUCCGGAAAAUGGAAGUGGAAUAUGAGGACUCUGGCUGGCAAGGCCGUGCCAAAGCCCAGUCCAACUCCGAAGAAGUGCACGAGGACAACCCACAGAAGACCAUACAAGAAUGCCUGGAGAAAUUCCUAACACCGGACUACAUCAUGGAGCCGGGGAUAUUCACACAGCUGAAGCGGUACUUCCAGUCCGGCGGCUCCCCGGAGGAAGUGAUUUCAAUGCUGUCGGAGAACUACAAGGCGGUGGCCCAAAUGGCCAACUUGCUGGCGGAGUGGCUCAUUCUGGCCGGCGUCAAGGUGACGGAUGUCCAGGCCAUGGUCGAGAAUCAUUUAAAAGAGAUGAUUCUCAAGUCGUUCGACCCAAAGAAAGCCGACACCAUAUUCACGGAAGAGGGCGAGACGCCAGACUGGCUCACCGAGAUGAUAGAUCAUUAUACGUGGCGUUCGCUGAUCUACCGCCUGGCCGAGGAGUAUCCGGACUGCCUGAUGCUGAACUUCACCAUCAAAUUGAUAUCGGAUGCGGGAUUUCAAAGUGAAAUCACCUCCAUAUCGACAGCUGCUCAGCAAAUUGAAGUGUUUUCGCGCGUUCUCAAGACCUCCAUUGUGAAGUUUCUCAACAACCCGGACGAUGUGCAUGGCGCCAUACAGGAGUGCGCCCGCAUGGUCUGCCAUGGGCAGCACACGUACGUCUACUCGCAGGUGUUGAUCCAAGUGCUCAGCCAGGAGCAAAAGGGCGGCUUCAAUAUGAAGCGACUCUCUCAGGAAAUCAUUAAAUAUGCCUUACAAAACAAUCAGAAUGUGACACCCAUAACGAUGGCCCUAAAUGGGUCAGCGGUUUACCCACAGGCCUGUCAGGCACUCACAUCAAUGCUGACCCGGAAUACCCUUAAUCCUGCCGACAUCACAGUUCUGUUUCGCAACUACUCGGGAUCUGAUCCACCGCCAAUUGACCUCAUACGUAACCCACAGUUUCUUGAGCUACUGGUUGAUGCCUUAUUCCGCUCUGGCGUCAAAAUCAAUCCCGAACACAAGCCCAAGUACAUGUUUCUGCUGGCCUAUGCGUCGGCCGUCAUAGAUCAGCCGGCCAAGAAGCGACCCCUAACCGAACGCACACUGAACAAGGACGAGCUGAAGAGUACAAUUCAGGCUAUCGAGAAGGCUCAUGCGAUUUGCAAUGUGGGUCAAGGUACUUCGGAACUAAUUGCCGAACUCCAGACGCUUUACAACUGCAUCAAGUAUCCAGUUGUUGGCGUGGGCGUGAUACGAUGGAUUGAGAACGUUGUGAUGGAGCCAUCGUUCUUUAAGCUCUCCACCGACAGCUGCCCCACCCAUCUGGCCGUUCUGGACGAAGUGGCCGCUGUGCAUCCCACACUGCAGCAGCAAAUUCUCUUCCUGCUCAUACGCCUGUUCGAAUCGAAGCAAGACGAACUUGAGAUACUCGUUCAGCUUGAGAUGAAAAAGAUGAUUUUGGAUCGGAUGGUCAAUCUGCUGACACGCGGCUGUGUGGUGCCCGUGCUGCGAUAUGUGAAGCAAUGUUGCGCCAUCGAGGACACAGAUGUCUCGCUGAUCCGUUACUUUGUCACCGAAGUUCUGGAGACAAUAACGCAUCCGUAUUCCCCAGAAUUUGUGCAGCUCUUUCUGCCAAUGGUGGAGAAUGAGGAGAUAACGGGUACAAUGCGCGGAGAGGGUGACAACGAUCCAGUUUCCGAGUUUAUUGUUCAUUGCAAGGCGCAUUACACCACUGUAUAACACUUGCUCAGGGUGUGUCAGCUUUUCUAAAAGCUACAUUAUUACACUAACAAAUUACACUAACAGAUUUAGGGGCAAUAAGAGGAAGCAGAGAGAGCGAGGUCUAUUUUUUAAGUCCAGACUUCUGUCUUCCUCGCUUUAGUGGAAGAAACCAAGAAUCAGAGAUAUAUAUAGUAUAGAGUGAAGUUUUUCUCCUCAUAGCAUCUCUAGUGGGCCUUUUUAGCCUUAGAAUUCUUCCAAUAAUAAUUAAAUUCUUUAAACACGCAUA